UGAAGUGGCACGGCCAUGGAUAAUUGAUUGCACUCUGUACGGAAGCACGUGAUCGCGUCCACUGUCACGCCACUUGUCACCAAGCGAUUGACCGCUGAGGCUCUGGGGACUCGGAUACGGUAAAAACAUUGUGCUGCUAGUAUGGCUGACAGUCCAUCGUUGGUCUCUCUCAACAGACACAAAGACUCUAGACGACUAGAAUCACUCGAGAACCAAGUGAAAGCAGAACUGCUCCGACUCCGAGUGAGAAACUGGAAAGCUGGGCAAGCAAGCCACUAGGGAUUUAAGCACAAAGGGGACCGCCUGGCCGUCUACAGAUGACGGGGAUUCUACCGCAGGAGGCUGCUGAAGCUUCAGAGAGAAUGUCAGGGCCCGUAUUUCAGCCAGCCGACGACACGUCUCCCGAUGUCUGAG